GGUGCUGGGACAAAAGUCCAGCUGCUGAGAACAAACAGAGUCUUUCAGAGCCAGUGAGAGCACAAACAGCCAGCUGCAACAAGGAAAAUGGCACUUGCCUGUUUGUUGUCGUUUCCUGGCCAGCACAGGGCCUGUCGCUAAAGAAUGGGAUGGAUGUGUGACUGUCUGACUGUCUCCUAAGGGUGGAUAUGUGGAAAAAAAAUUCACCAGAGGAAAGAAACAUGUUUUGUUAGAUGUUUUGAGUGAGAUCUGUGAACCAUACCUUCAUGUGGAUGUUGCGUUCACUUGAACUGCCAGGGAUUGUGUACUUUUUCUACUGUUUCUACUGACUGCAAAAUCCGACGCUAAGGAGAUUUAUUUAGAGUGUUUCAGACAUUUUUUCUUGUUUUCUAAGAAGAGGAAAGGAGGUGACAUUUGCUGAAAAGGAAGUGGAUAACUUCUGGACUUACAUUUUUUUGGGGAAAAGAAUGGCCUGGGAACACAACACAGCAACAGCUUUUCUUGGCUUCCUGUUAGUCUGCGUCUUCUCUGUGAAUGGUGGCACUGAAGCACCCAAACCUGAAUGUGAUGACCUACACAACACCACCUGGCUGGAGUACAGGCAGGGGGCCAAGCUGCAGGUGCAGUACCUGCUGCUCACACGCCACAACACCAACUGUGCCAACCUGUUUACGCCUGACUCACUGAAUGAAACACACUCCACCACGGACUUCAACACCUCCCUCCCCACCAAAGUCCUCAUCCAUGGGUUCAGGGCCCUGGGCAGUAAGCCGUCCUGGGUGAGUGCUCUGGCACAGGCCUUGCUCAGGGUCGAGGAUGCGAAUGUUCUGGUGGUGGACUGGAUCUACAGCGCCUCCUUCGCCUACAACCGGGUCGUGGAGAAUUACAAGGAGAUUGCAAUAGAGAUCUCAGUUAUGAUCAACCAUCUCAGAAACCAUGGGAGCACGCUGGAGUCCUUCCACUUCAUCGGCGUGAGCCUUGGAGCCCAUGUGGCAGGAUUUGUAGGAACGCUAUUUGAAGGAAAACUGGGGAGAAUUACAGGUCUGGACCCAGCUGGGCCACUAUUUAAAGGGAAGGACGUGUACGACCGCCUGGACCCCUCUGAUGCCCUGUUUGUUGAAGCCAUCCACACAGACUCGGACUAUUUUGGCAUCUCCAUCCCUGUUGGGCAUGUUGACUUCUUCCUAAAUGGAGGUAUGGACCAGACAGGAUGUGCUCGCUCAAGGUUCGCAUCAAUUCUUAUUUAUUUCCCAGUGUAUGGCUAUGUGAUCUGUGACCACAUGAGGGCGCUGCAUGUCUACAUCAGCGCACUGAAUGGUACAUGCACCCUCAUGGGCUUCCCCUGCUCCAACUAUGACAACUUCUUAGCGGGAAACUGCUGUGAUUGCCAGACCACUUUUGACGGGACCUGUCCACAAAUUGGCUUGCUGAAGAACAGUGGACUGACCGUACACCCUCUCCCCAAUCAGCAGAAGGUCUAUCUUCUGACCACCUCCACUCCUCCAUUCUGUGCCCAUCACAUCCUGGUGGAGGUGCAGGUGUCUCCGCUGGGCAAAAGUGCUGAGCUGGAGGUGUCCCUGAGAACCAUCGGAGGACUUGAGACAACAAACUCUUUCAAGCUCCACACUAAGGAGAAUGUGUACAGGCGUGUGUUUGGCCACCCGGAGGUCCUGUGCAGGGUGGACUCCAUCAGGCUGAAGAGCACAGGCGUACGUGUCUUCAGACAGGGGGAUAUGCAUGUGGUGUCUGUGUGCAUCUCCGAGUUCCCCUUCAAAAAGGACAGAAAGCCACUGUGUGUAACGAACAUCAACUUGAACAGAGGGGUCUCAUGGACACAUGAGUUUGUACAGUUGUGUGUGAGAGUUAGUGAGACAGACACCUCACACAGCUGUGUUAGAAACACACAAUGACAGACACACAUAGACACAAACAUUAUUCAUAAGAAUAUAUACACACACAGAGUAGUGUUAUAAACACUAGUAGUAAACGCACACUCACUCAGGAACACACACACACACACACACACACACGCACGAACAUGCGCACGCACACACACACACACACACGAGAACACAUGCUGGAGCUUUUGCAACUCACAUCCUGAGUCAUUAACUUGGGUAUUAUUCACUGAUCAUUGCCUUAACACUGAGAAUAAAAAAAGUCUUUGUCUGCAAAUAGCACCCUGCAUUGCUUUGAACUUCACCAAUUUACAAGGAAAAGCUGGGUCAUACUCAUGCUUCACACACUUAUUAUGCAUGCAUUCACAACACACAAACCAGAGCUAAAAGGAGGAACACACACACACACACACACACACAGAGAGAGAGCGAGACAUGACUCUCUCUGUGACAGGGUGUUUUGAGUUGUACCCACAAGAUUUAAUUUCUUAUCAAGGAGCUGCUGUUGAUGUCAUUGAGUUUUACAACUGAAAACAGGGUAGCAUGCCACUAAUGCUAACUCGACCAAAUCCACUUCUUAUGCUUCAGCAUAUAUUUCAGUGUGCAUUUUUUGUAGUGUGCAUGUGUGUAAGAUUUCAUCAUGCGUUGUUAUACAUUAUUCGUCAUCGUUGGAAGUGGACAAUGAAGAGCAUGACAGAAAAGUUUGGUCAUUUCUGUAAAUAUUUUUUAAUAUUUGAAUGCAGAAGGCUUGAUGUUGGAGGCUCAGAAUUUGCAUCUUUAAAAAGAGCUUCAUUGAGACAUCGGUUUGGCCCCAAGGGGAAAAAAAUACAUUUUUAUAUCGUGUCCAUAUGUAGACAGAACUGUCCUUUUGGAAGAAGAAGAAAAACCACACUUUUCCACAUUUAGCCAUAAAACUCUGCCUUUUACGUGCUACUUUAUGAUGUCUGUUUUCUAGACUAUUUAAACAUCCUGAACUGCCAACAGGCAUUAACUGUCACAUUUGGAAUUGUGGAAGUCCAGACUGUUGCAAAAACAAAUGUGUUUUUACUAAGUGAUUCACAGUCCCUUAAUUCCAUAAUUUGUUUAGACACAAUUUACAUCAAGCAAACCCUUCCCAUUCCUUAUGUCAUUCAAGCAUAAAACGUGUGAACUUAGUAAUGUGGAAUCAUCAUAUGCAUAUUAACAUAACAUCUAAAGACAAAACAAAAUGUCUAAAUGACGUGAGGAAGACAGAGUGAAAGUAUGUGUCUGUGUCUUAAUUGUCAUCGUCAGAAUAAAUCCUGUACCAUA